AUGUGGGAAGAGAUGGCGUUGCGUAUCCUACCAAGAUUGCCUUCCAAAUCUCUAAUGCGAUUUAAAUGUGUUCGUAAAUCGUGGUACACUGUGAUCAACAAUCCUAUGUUUGUGGAAACUCACCUCUCUAAUUCGAUGAACAAUAAACUGUCCACUUGCGUUCUUUUCAAUCGUUCUGUACACAGCAACGCUAACACUGGUGGGAAGGAUUUUGGAUUAUCCUUCCUAUAUCUUCACAAUGAUUAUGAUGAUUCUGAGCAUAACAUCAAUUCUGUUGUCGAGGACAUCAAAUUUCCACUUUCUACAGUACAAUUUAUUGGUCUCGAGGUUAUAGAAUCUCUAAAUAUUAGAGCCCAUUGUAAUGGGAUAGUUUAUUUAUGUGACGAUGCUGGUAACAACCAUGUUUUAUGCAAUCCAGCAAUCAAGGAACUCAAGCUUCUUCCCAAAUCAUGCCUUCCCAAUUGGAGGUACUGUAAUGUGGGGAUUGGAUAUGAUCCCAAAUCUAAAGAUUACAAAGUUCAUAGAAUUGCAUAUUAUGGUGGGGAUGUUUUUGUUGAGGCUCUGGAAAUGUUUCCUCCUAGAGUUGAAAUAUACACCUUCUGUACUGAUUCUUGGAGCGAGAUGAAGAAUAAUUCGUUAGAAACAGAUGCAACUUUCUUUUGGCCUGUUGAUUUCCAGAUGUACUUCAAGGGAAUUUGUUAUUGGGUGGGGUAUGAGCAACCAAAACAAUUCAACUCUCCCUACGAUCCAUUGGAGGAUGAUGAAAAGAAGCCAAUGGUCAUUUUAUUUGAUACAGGUGAUGAGGUAUUUCAUAAUAUAGUGUUUCCAGAUAGUAUAUCUAUGUAUGAAGGAUCACCUCAUUGUUAUGAUAUGUGUUGUGAUAUGCGCAUUAUACUGUGGAAUGGAUUUAUUGCUCUUUUUGGCAUCAACCGUUUUAGUGCAUUGCCUGAAUCCUAUGAAGUUUGGGUGUUGGAUGACUUUGACGGUGCUAAGGGUUCUUGGACAAACCACUUUACUUUUGAGCCAGUGAUGGACAUUAAGAGGGUAUUGGAAUUUUGGAAGAGUGAUGAGAUUCUUAUGGUUACCCAAGAUGGAGAUAUAGUAUCUUACAGCCUUGAAACUGAGAAGCUUAAGAAUCUUCCCAUGAAUAACCUAUCUGAUUUCGAAACUAUUGUGUAUGUGAAUAGUUUAGUUCCGAUCACAGGUUUGAUCCUGUAG